AUGUGUAUAGCUGUCAUGUCUUGGUGUAUGUGGUUAAUCGUUACUGUCAUUUUAUUGUAUUUACUGAGGAAUAUAUACCUUCCUGUUCCAGUUGCAUUGUAUGGGAAGUACUAUUCAAAACGGGGACCAUGGUACUUCGAAAAGCGAGCAGUAUUUACCCUGUUGAUGAAGCUCCGUAAAUGGAAAGUCGAACGCAACGCUUCUCAGUCCGAUGCUGCUGGCUAUGGGGUUCGUUCAAGGGACAAGAUAGAGGACAUGGACCGUGCCCAGAAACUGGACAACACGCCCAAGGCAGUAGAUGCAGUGUAUUUUAAUGGCUCCAACAAGGAUGGUGCUUACAUCAUCACUGCUGUAUCCAGGAGACCAAAGAAAGUAGCUCAGCUUGUUCUCUUUCUCUACAUCCCCGAUGUUGGAUUGUUUCAAUUACCAGAGCAUCCUGAUUCCACUGUGUAUGAAUGUAACCCAGACAGACAUGAAGCAGGUGGUCUUUGCAUUGAAGUUGUUACCCCAAUGAAAGAAUGGAAAAUAACAUACAAUGGCAAACUAAGGAAAGGUCCAAGGAAUGAAUGGAGUGAUGAUGACACUGACCUGGUUACUGCUAAAUUUGAGUUUAUCUGGAUUAGCUAUACAGAUAUUUAUGAUUUUGAUGUGGAUCAGCAUCCGGAUACCAUAAUUGAUGCAGUUGCUAAGCAACCAUGGAGCAGAGAGUUCUUCAGGCUACUCAGAGAUGCUCAUCAGACACAUUAUGAGCAGUUUGGUGAAUGGAAAGGCAAAGUUCAACUUGAAGGUCAUAAUGACAUUGAGUUAAAUAUGAAGGGCAUGAGAGACCAUUCAUAUGGUAAACACCGUGAAUGGGGUGAUUUUCAUCGCUAUGGUAUUCAUAUGAUUCACUUGGAAGAUGGCACUUCAAUUAAUUUGGGGAAGAUUUGUUUACCUGAAACCUUAUCAGAUUUAUCUAUUGGAUAUGUGAUGAAUACUAAGGGUAAAAAAGAAGCCAUUUCCUGGACUGAUAUGGAUCUACCAACUCUUGGUGAAGAAGGGAUACCACCAAAGGAAUAUCAAGUUAACUUUCUAGCAGGUGAGAAGAAAUACAACAUGAAAGUUCAAGUUCAUAGGGCUCCUAUAUUCUACAUGGGGUUUGGCUGGGAAGCUAGAAUCUAUGAGCAAAUGGUCAGUGUCAAUGUCAAUGGUCAAAAGGGACGAGGAAUUGCAGAGUUUUUGUACAGGUAUUACUUAGGAUGUCCAAGAGAUGCACAGUUAAGUUUUGAUUAA